AUGUUUAUUCGUACCACAAAGGUUGGAAUUUGUAUUGUUUUACUAUAUGUUGAUGAUAUUAUCAUCUUUGGAGAUGAUUUUACUUCCAUCAAAGAUGUGAAGCUACGAUUGCAAGAAAAAUUUCAAAUGGAGGACCUUUUAGAAGCAUCUUACUUCCUUGGCUUUGAGAUCACUCGUUCUAAGCAUGGUUUUUAUAUUCAUCAACAUAAGUAUAUUGUUGAUCUUGUUUCAAAUACCCGAUUGAAUGAUGCGAAGGUUGUUGUUACACUCCUGGAACUCAAUGUUAAACUUUCUGCACAUGUUGGUAAUGAUCUUCCAAAGCCUACAAUGUAUCACAAACUUGUAGGCUCCCUCAUCUAUCUCACUAUGAUACGUCCAGUUAUUGCAUAUGAUAUCCAUGUUGUGAGCUAG